UCGCACACAGCAAAAGUCCAAUCAACUCUCUCGACAGCACAGUUUUUCGCAGUCUCCCCAAAAAGCGACCGAAAAAGUUAUCGGAUACCCGUGGCAAAGCAUUUUAAUCCGUUCCGUAUUCGUAUUUUCCAAUGUUAUCGAGUCCACGAACUGGUCGCGUUCUAGUCCCCCUUUAAUUGGUAGUGUAAACUAGCGGUGCUCUCGUGAUUCGGCUCAGCGAAAAAGAACGCAAUCCGAAAAAUUGCUCCACGACCAUCACACACACGGCCAUCUUGAAAGUCGAAACCCUCGUCGCUUCGCCGUUCCAUAACACAAACUUAUCUGGCGAUAUUCGCAUUUCAGUCUGGCAGAAAGGUUCUUCUGUGUCCUCCGCCGGAAACGAUUUCUGUGGACAAACUGGAUUUGGUCCCGUUAGGCUUUUUGGAGCGUACGGAGGAAGGCUUCUUAGUGAGCUAAAGGAAAUAAUAAAAGGCAGGAGAAAUUUUCUGCGAGAGUGACCCCGUUUUCAUACUGUUAGCGAUAUUUUCCGGCAAACAGCGCGGAAUUCGGCUCGGUUGUUGCUUAUCGAACGGGAAGGUCGCAAACAUUCGUCCCCGUUGUAAGCGAACAGCAGCAGAAGGCAGGGCAACGAUUCUUGCUUUGUAUGUCUAGAUUAUGCCUGAUCCUUGCGACCAGAUGUAUACUUAGCCAUGGCUGCGACGCGAAAGUUGCAAGGUGAAAUCGAUCGGUGUUUGAAGAAAGUCACUGAAGGUGUGGAAACCUUUGAAGAUAUUUGGCAGAAGGUACACAAUGCUACGAACAGUAAUCAGAAGGAAAAGUAUGAAGCCGAUCUCAAGAAGGAAAUCAAGAAACUGCAGAGGUUGCGUGAUCAGAUCAAAUCAUGGAUCGCAUCCGGCGAGAUCAAGGACAAAAGCGCGUUGCUGGAGAAUCGACGGCUCAUAGAAACCCAAAUGGAACGCUUCAAAGUGGUCGAACGAGAAACGAAAACAAAGGCGUACUCGAAAGAGGGCCUAGGUGCAGCGCAAAAGAUGGACCCGGCGCAACGGGAGAAAGAAGAAAUCAGUAGCUGGUUGACGACUUCGAUCAGCUUGCUACAGAUUCAGAUUGAUCAGUUUGAGUGUGAGGUAGAAUCGCUUAUAGCCGGUAAGAAGAAAAAGCUUGAUAAGGACAAACAGGAGAAGAUGGACGAGCUGAAGGGUAAACUGGAGAGGCACAAAUUCCACGUGACCAAACUGGAAACGUUACUCCGAAUGCUGGACAAUGACGGAGUUGAGGUGGAGCAAAUCAAGAAGAUCAAGGAAGAUGUGGAAUACUACAUCGAUUGCUCGCAGGAACCCGACUUUGAGGAGAAUGAGUACAUCUACGACGAUAUCAUCGGUAUGGAUGAGGUGGAGAUAUCCGCAGGUAUAGGAACAUCAGCCGGUACGGAAAGCAAUAACAGUAACGAAACGGCAGGAUCCCCCAGUAGUUUAAUGUCCGGUAACAGCCCGUCGCAAUCACCGGUAAUGAACUGCAGUGCGUCAACGAUGCACAACCAUAGCGGUGAACCAAUAUCCAAUCUUGUGGACGUUAACUGCGAUAAACGACCGAAGGAUGUUAAGAUUACGCCGGUGAAACCAACGGCAAUCCGAGCGACUGUGAAGUUGGACCUCAGCGCACCUCUACCUGCCGUCGUGAGUAACAACACGAGUAUAAAUACGUCCAAAUCUACUCUAAUCAGUUCGACGCCGAGUAAAAACCUUACAAAUGCUGCCGCAGUGGUAGCAGGGGGGCUUGUACCGAAUAGUAGCGGUAUUGUACCACCCCAGGCGCCGGCUGGUGGCUUAGUCCAACCAAUCAUUGGUCCGGCAUUUGCAGCUGUGGCAAAGCAGCAUCCUAAAAAUGGCCCGUUACACCAGUCCAGCGUAACGUCUUCUUCGACAGUGUCGACCGUAUCGAGUUCUUCGGCUCCCGCGGCAGUUGUGCCUAAUGCAUCCGGAGCAGCCGUCAGUAACCUCAGUCAGAUUGUGAACGCAUCUCAACCUACGCUUAGUCAGCAGCUGCAGGCGCAACAACAGCAACAGCAGCAGGCCUCUCUCGCAUCCGGGUUGCUUACAAACGCAGCAGCCGUGGUGGCAGCUGGUGUUAGCAGUUCCAACGUACAACCACAAUCUCAACAACCACAACAACCGCAACCGCAGCAGGUUCCCGGUCAAAAUUCCAUACCACUUCCGCAUGGUGGCGCUCUUACGUCAGCAUCUUCCGGAAUCGAAAACAGUCACGUAAUGACGACGUCAUCCGCGUCAACGAUUAGUAGUAGUGGAGCGAAUAUCGUCAACAAUUGUGUAUCUCCUAGUAAUUCAGCGGUCAGCAGCAGAGCAUCUCCCAGCCUAAUGUCCCCGCCGCAGCAGCCAAUGCUGAACGGUCCUACAACACUCGGUAAGAUUGACAACACUGCCGUACCUAUGCAUAUUGCACGCACUCAUCCGAUGUCUACAUUGAAAACCAUAGCCCAGGAAGUGAUAAACCGAACCAGCGGAAGCUUGGAAGCUGGCCAAUCACCUGCCGUCGGUGGUACCCUGGUACAGCAGCAACCCUCGCAAACUGGUGGACCACAGCAGUCUCCAGCGGUACAGCAGCAACAGCAGCAGCAGCAGCAACAACAACAACCACAGCCGCAGCCUGAAACAAGACAACCGAGCGGUCAGCCUGGUCAACCCGGUCAGCAACCGCCACCUGGAAGUCAACAGCAACCACAGCCACAACAACAGCAGCCACCCCAGCAACAACAGCAACCGCAGCAGCAACAGCAGCAGCAGCAGCAACAGCCUUUCUCCCUCGUGGAUCCGACAAACAGUGCAAACUCUCUGAUACCAACAUCGUCAUCUACUGCCAUCAGCAAUGGACCGAACACGAUUAUUAAUACUAGCACUAGCAUCGUGACGAACUCUGCGAAUCCAAGCGUCACCAGUGUUGUUGGUCUGAAGGCGAGCGGUACGAACGAAGCACACAUACCACCGCUAUUGGGUGUCGCUCCGUUGGGACCUUCGCCGCUGCAGAAAGAACACCAGAUACAAUUCCAAAUGAUGGAGGCUGCCUACUACCACUUGCCAACACCAAGUGAUUCGGAACGGCUGAGAACAUACCUUCAGAGGCAGCCCGUGCAAACACCACAACACUACCCGCAGCAACAACUUCCACAUUCUGACACGGUAGAGUUUUUCCAGCGCCUCUCGCCGGAAACGUUGUUCUUUGUGUUUUACUACAUGGAGGGCACCAAGGCGCAGUACCUGGCGGCAAAGGCUCUGAAGAAGCAGAGCUGGCGAUUUCAUACCAAGUACAUGAUGUGGUUCCAGCGCCAUGAAGAGCCGAAAAUCAUCAACGAAGAAUUUGAACAGGGAACCUACAUCUACUUUGACUAUGAGAAGUGGGGCCAGCGGAAAAAGGAAGGAUUCACGUUUGAAUACAAGUACUUAGAAGACAGGGACCUGAAUUGAUCUAGGAUGAUUAUGGAACUCCUUUUUUAAAAAAACUAUUAUAAAAAAUGGAAAACCGAUCAAUAAAAAUCGCAAAAUAUACUGAAAGCAUAUUGAAAAAACAAGUUUAGCAAGUCGAACACGUACUAUGAAAGUGUACCACCAGCGUUCUGUACAAGAAACUAACAUUCACGAAAAAACAUUCUGCGUGGUUGUGUUUGCCCUGCGCUCUCGGUGAGUUCAAAGAAUUCCAAGUGCAAAGCAAGUACUGAAAUGUUGCGUUUUCUGUAUCAGAGAAUCCUUGUGAGUGAGAGAUGUCAACGAAUUGCUUUCAGAGUCGUCAUUUAUGGUAGAAGGUCCCAAUUGAAGAAAAUGAAUAAAAUCGAAGAAAAUAUUAACCACUUUCAUCCGAAGUUUGAUGAAAGGAAAUUGCUCAGAACAUCGCCCAAAUCGGAAAAUUUUCAACCAAAAUCACACAAACACAGAACACUCAUUUAUCCAUUCGUGUUGUGAAUGUGAGUUGAAUUGCAUGUAAAAUACGCGUUUUGGUUUUGUCUGGCUAUGAAAACUCAUGUGCUUUAUAAUUUUAUCGCAUCUUUAUACUGCCAUCCAUGAGAUCGAUGUUAGUGUCGCUAGUAUUGUUUCCUUGACAAGAUUGUUUUAGAUAUUUGAUUUGUGAUUCCAUUGCCUGUUACUCAAAACGAAUGCGCUCAUUUUGUGUUGAAUUUAAAUUCAAUAGUUGACUGUUGUUGAUAGUAUUAUUAAACGUUUAUUUCGACAUUUAGAGAAACAUUUCGAGCGAUAAAAUAUAUUCAACUCAUUGACCAGAACCAGCAUAUAAGUCGAAUACUUCACGCCAACAGAAUCGAAAAAUAUGAUUAACAGUUUUUCCCCAUGGUAAAUCAGCAGAAACUCUUAGAAUGUAAAGUGUGGCAUCUAGUUUUGCUUAGGAUAAUUCUAAAAAAACACAACAACAUUGUGACAAAGGAAAGAAAACAAAGAAAAUCACAAAAAGUAAUCUGUUUUUUCAUCCGCCAAUCUAUCAAUUCAUCUCCAUUGAAUAAACGUAACGCAUUAUCGAGAACAAAUUACUCCAGAAUGUGGGGGCAUUCACUCAGUAAAUACACUAUACACUUACAGUUAAAAGCGAAAAAUGAAACAACACAGAAGUAGUAUCUAUCGAAAUAGUAAAAGUUUUGAACAAUACAAUAGUGAUUGCAGCGUUGUUCUUUUUUAUUCAGAGAAAAAAAACAUUGCUACUUUCGAUUCAGCAAGUAACAGGCAUUCCGUAACCGAGUGUUACGUGGACAAAAGGAAAAGAAUAACACAUCUUAAAUCGCAUCUAAUUAAAUGAAAGUGGUUAAAACGUUGUUCUAUUGAAAUGAGGAGAACAUUUGCCCAACCAGAAGAACAAACACGUUAAACAAGAAUUAAGAAAAAAAAAAGAAACUGCAUUGAAAUGUGAUUUAUAAGUAUAGAUAAAAUAAAACAAAAUACACUUAUAUAUUAAAAAAAUCAACAACACAUACUUGUUAAUAUUUCCGUGACCGUAACUUAAGCAGUAACGAAGAGAAACGAAAACUGAAGUCUAGUAAACGAGUAAGAGUUUUAAUAAAAACGAAUCAUUACU